AUGUCUAUCCACGAGAAAUCCGCCCACAUGGACGUCGAGUCUAGAAGUGUCGACCACAAGGCCGGCAUCGUCGAGCACGUUGAUCAAGCUGCUCAGUUCCUUGCCGAAACUCAGCAGUAUCCGCCGCUCUCGGCCGACGAGGAGAAGAAGCUGGUCCGCAAGGUGGACUGGAUUAUGAUUCCCAUGCUUUUUCUUACUGCGACGCUUGGCGCAGUCGACAAGGUCUCGCUGAGCACUGCCGCCAUCUACGGACUGCGAACGGAUACGCACUUGGUUGGGCAGCAGUAUUCAUGGCUGGGAUCCAUCUUAUCGCUCGGAGCAUUGGCUGGCAUGUUUCCUGCCUCGUACCUGAUACAUAGACUCCCUUCUGCAAAGUUCCUUUGCGCUUGCAGCCUGGGAUGGUCCACAAUGGCUUUGCUCAUGGCUGCCUGCCAUAACUGGAGCAGCCUCAUGGCUCUGAGGUUCCUGAUGGGCUGCUUCGAGGCCAUCAUCGUGCCUGGCAUUUCUCUGAUCAUUGCCGCCUUUUACAAGAAAGAAGAGCAACCUCCCAGGAACGCAUUGGUGUUUGCCGCGGCGAGUUCUGUCAUCAACGGCUUUCUAUCCUGGGCCAUCGGCCACAUCAACGGUGCCUUGGCAAUUUGGCGCUAUCUGUUUUUGAUCAUAGGCUCCAUCACCUUCGCUUGGUCCGUGUUCGUCAUGGUCGUUCUGCCUGCCAAUCCGAUGGAGGCCAUUUUCUUGACCAAGGAGGAAAAAUAUCACCUUGUCAAGCGCGUGGCUGCAAACAAAACGGGUGUUGCGAGUAAAGAGUGGAAGUGGGACCAGGUGAAAGAGGCUUUUGUGGAUCCUAAAACCUGGAUCAUCUUCUUCUUCAACAUUGCCAUCAACAUCCCAAACGGCGGGCUCACGACGUUCAACAGCAUCAUCAUCGCCAACCUGGGGUUUUCGUCGGUCGAGGCCUCUUUGCUCAGCAUGCCAACCGGAGUCAUGAGUACCAUUUCGGCGUUUGUGUUCUCAUACGCCGGAGCCAAAUGGGCAAACCGACGCUGCCUGGUCACUGUGGCAGCGUGCAUUGUGCCGAUUAUCGGCACGGCGGUCGUGUACGCGGUUCCUAGGGACAACAUCGGAGGACAAAUGGUCGGAAUUUACCUCCUCUACACGUACUUCGGGCCUUACGUGGUCGGCAUCGGACUCGCGCAAGCCAACACGGCCGGAAACACCAAGAAGACGGUUGUUUUUGCUAUACUGUACAUUGGCUAUGCCGUGGGAAACCUGAUCGGGCCACAAACGUUCCGGGCUGAUCAAGCGCCCGCGUACACUGGUGGAGUGGUGGCUAUGAUCGUUUGCUACUGUGUCUGUAUCGGCUUGAUCUGCGCGUACUGGGCGCUCUGUGCGUCUCAGAACAAACGGGCCGAAGCCAUGGCGGCGAACGAGGAGAUUCUCGAAGUCUUGCUUGACCAGACGGAUUUUGAGCAAAAGGGAUUUAAAUACACGACGUAG